AGCAAGAAUUUGAUUCUUCAUCCACCAUGUUCUCUAUCUAUCUUUGAAUCCUUUUUAAUUACGGUCAAUAAUAAUGGGAAUCUCUUCUAAAACCAACGGUGGAUUUCAUCACAAGCAAGGUAUCUUGUUCAAGCUUUGUGGAAUUGAAUAGUUGGAAGCAUCUUCACAUUCUUUCGCGCGAUGUUCUUUAUGCUAAUUUGAUUAAAGCUCAAUAAAAGAAAGGAAUUAUGUAUGUAUUUGUGUAGUCGAAUGUCUGAAAGCAAUAUAUUCUCUUGUCAGCAAGAUAAAUGCCUGAACCUUCGUCAAGAACUUGACAUUCCAUUAGUAUCUUUAGCAAGUGAUCUUACAAAUUUCAAAGAUACAGUUUCAGAACUCCAUAUGGAAUUAGCCUUGGAAAAUUAAAACGAAUCAAGUAGAGUCUAAAUUUCCCUCUCUUGUUGCUUCCUUUUCGUUAAUUUUUGUUCUUUAAGGAAUACUGGUAGAUAAAGCAGAAUGUCAUGGUCAAUGAGGGAAAGUUCAAGAGCAACGAGAGAGGUUUCUUUCAAUGGAAUUGUUCGACGUAUGGUGAAACUCCCCAGGAGUAUUGCAGGGGGGUUUUAUAGAGUUAUAGGUCAUGGCAUAGGUCGCAUAGGAAUAGGAGGUAGAAGAGAUCAAAAUCCAAUACCAAACUUCCCAUUGCAACCUCCUCAAGAGCCCCUCAUUGCACCAGAAGAGUGGACCUUUCUAUCCGUUUUUGAGCAGCAAUAUGGCUCAACACAUCCUUUCUUUUAUGCUUGCCAAUUCAUGGAAGCCUUAAAGACUGCAGAAGAUGAGCACAAGUUUAUGUUCAUGUAUCUUCACUCUCCGCAGCACCCUUUCACUCCCUCUUUCUGUUGGGAGACUCUAUGUUCAGAGUUGGUGGUCCAGUUUCUUGAUGCUAACUUUGUUUGUUGGGGAGCACUUGCUGAUAGAGGAGAGGGUUUGCAAAUGGCUGUAACAUUGCAGCCCGCAAGCUUUCCAUGUUGUGCAGUAAUAGCUCCUGCUGCUGGCAAUAGCAUAGCAGUGCUGCAACAGAUGGAAGGGCCGAUUUCCCCAGCAGAGCUGGUUGAGAUUCUGCAGAGGACAGUGGAGGAGCAAGGGUUGGCAUUUGGCAAUUCAAGAGCAAAGGAAAAGGAGACGACAAGAGCAAAGGCCAUAGAAGAAGAGAGAAAAGGAGCGAGGGCCAAAGAGGAAGAGAAGAUGAGAGCAGAUCGUCAACUAAGAGAAGAACAAGACGCAGCAUAUCUUGCAGCUCUAAAGAUAGAUAAGGAAAAGGAAAAACUCAACAGCCUGCUUCCAGAGAGGAAAUUUCAGAAACCAGCUGAUUCUUCAAAUAAAGUAAAUUAUGAAAAGCUAAGGCAGAAUGCAAGUCAGAAACAGUUUGGUAAAUCGAAAGAAGCUUCUACUGUUAGAGAAACAGCUAACGGGUCCAAAGAUUCUCAAGCAACACAGAUUCUGAUAAGGUUUCCAAAUGGUGAAAGAAAAGAGCAGAGCUUUUCCUGCUCAGAUAAGAUCCAGUCGGUUUACAGAUACAUCGAUUCAUUAGGGCUACCAGGCGUUGGCAACUACAGAUUAAUCUCAAGCUUUCCUCGAAGAGUCUACAGUGUUGAUCAGAUGGGAAUAACUCUGAAAGAUGCUGGCCUCCACCCUAAAGCAACCCUUUUCCUGGAGCUUCUUUGACACUACAUGUGUCGAAACAAAUCAAGGAAAUUUACUCAGGAUUUCAUAUAUGUCAUGAUGUCUUUAUGACAAUUCCAUCUCAAUGAUGCGACUUACUAAUUACCAACAAAAAAAUCAGAUAUUGGAUCAUUUUCAUGAUUGACCAAUAGACCUCUUCUAAGCUGAGGUCCACUGCGAUUUGGUCCUAAAUGACAUCAUAAUGAAGUACAACAAUAGUAGUUGAUUACAAGAAAUUACUGUCUUUAUGGAGAAAAGUUUUCCAGGAGUGAAUUUCAAUAGCAACGGUAGGUCCUACACCACAUUUUGUAUAGAACUUGGCGGCAAUAUUCAACAGUCCAUGAUGUUUACUGAAACUAGACAGUUACAGUUAUUAAGAACUUAGACAAUAAACUGUUGUUUUUGUUGUU